CAGGACCUGUCCUCUCUCCUCAGAGCACACAGUGCCAGGCCCCUCCAGGACCACAGUCAGAUGGAAUAGGCUCCAGGGGCCGCCGUGAUGCCUGUCCCUGUUCCCUCAUUCUGCCAACUUCUGUCAUCUCUGCUGCUGGCCCUGCUGCUGAAACUGACAGGAAUUUCAGGUGAAGAGUUCCAGGUGAACCAGCCUGAGAGUUUGCUGUCAGCCGAGGCUGGAGAUGUCAUAACCUUGGUCUGCAAUAUGCCUGCUCUGUCCCCGGCAGGGCCCGUCUUGUGGAUCAAGGAGACUGGGCUAGAACGAAAAUUAAUCUACAGUUUCAACGGAAACCAAUUUCCCCGAGUAUCCCAAGUGGUAAGCCCAAAGGCCAACCAAACAGACUAUUCCAUCCGCAUCAGUAAUGUGUCGCCUGAGGAUACUGGUACCUAUUACUGUGUGAAGUUAAUCAUAGCAUUUCCUAACAUGGAGUAUGUAUCUGGUCCAGGCACCUACGUGUCCGUGAAUGGAACCACAGAUGAAAUGUUCAAGGUGCAACAACCUGAGAUGUCACAGACUGUAUCAAUUGGGGAAACACUCAUCUUGAGUUGCAGUAUACCAGAUUCAUUUCCGAAAGGACCCGUCUUAUGGUUCAAGGGAACUGGACGAAAACGUAAAUUAAUCUACAAUUUCAAAGGAGGUCUCUUUCCCAGAGUCAAAAAAAUUGGAAACACGGCCAAAGCUGGCAACACAGACUUUUCCAUCCGCAUCAGUGAAAUCUCUCUUGCAGAUGCCGGCAUCUACUUCUGUGUGAAGUUCAAGGAGGGAAAACCUGACAUAGAGUACCAGUCAGGUCGGGGCACCCAGGUGUUUGUGACUGCUCCACCUUCUCUGCCUGUGAUAAUAGGCCCCUUGGGGAGGGCCCUAAUUGGGCAGGCUGUGAAUUUCAGCUGCACGUCCUAUGGCUUCUUUCCUGAAAACAUCAGCCUAAAGGUGGUUCCGAAAUUACUUCCUCUUAUAUCAGGAGACAAGGCUUCACCUCUCACCACAGAGCACAGAGUUCCAGGCCUCUCCAGCACAACAUUUCAGAGAAAGCAGGCCCCAGAGGCCACCAUGAAACCCAUCCCUGCCUCCCUGUGCUGCCUGCCCCUCCUCUCCAUGCUGCUGCCUCUGCUACUGGGACCCACAGGAGUGGUGGGUCAGGAGCUGAAGGUGAUUCAGCCUAAGAAGUCAGUGUUGGCUGCAGCGGGAGAGACGGCCACUCUGCCCUGUACCACGACCUCCCUGCUCCCUGUGGGGCCCAUCAAGUGGUUCAGGGGCACAGGGCCAGGCCAGGAGUUAAUCUAUGACCACAAAGGAGGUCACUUCCCCAGAGUAACAAAUGCUUCAGACACCACAAGGAGAGACAACAUGGACUUUUCCAUCCGCAUCAGUCACAUCACCCCGGCAGACGCCGGUGUCUACUACUGUGUGAAGUUCCAGAGAGGAAGCCCUGGUGACGUGGAGUAUAAGUCUGGACCAGGCACCUGGGUAUUUGUGUCUGCUAAGCCCUCUGUCCCAGAGGUUUCUGGCCCCACCAAACGGGCCAGCCCAGGUGAGGCAGUGAAUCUCACCUGCAGAUCAACUGGCUUCUUUCCCAAACACAUACAACUGAAAUGGUUUAAAAAUGGCGUGGAGCUUCCAGCCCAUCAGACUCUCAUCUUCCUGCCUGGAGAUGCUUCCUCCUACACCAUUGUCAGCAUCGCCCUGGUGACCCUUGACUUGUCCUCACUCCACUCCCAGGUCACCUGCCAAGUGACUCACAGUGAACUGCAAAGGCCCCUCAGUGGACGUGUGAACAUCUCUAAAUUCCUUCAAGUUGUCCCCACAGUGAACAUAUCAGCUCACGGUGUCCCAAGCCUCCAGGUGACCAUUCUCACCUGCCACGUGCAAAGGUUUUACCCAGAAGUCAUACAAAUCACCUGGCAGGAGAAGAACAGACGAUUCAAGUCUUAUGAGGCCUUCACCCCCACCAAGAACCCAGAUGGCACAUUCAGCCAAGACAGUCAUAUCCUGGUCAGCACCUCAGAGGACAAAAGGCUGUUCGCCUGCCAAGUGUGGCGUGAGGACCAGACACUGGUCCAGACCAGCGUGCAGCUGAGCGAGCUUACAGAAGAGCAAGCCAGUUUGGGUGCCACAGCAUCCAGCUCCCUCUUUGGGACCCUCCUCCUGCUUGGCUGUAAGUUGUUUCUCCUGACUACAGUUUCCAUCAUCUAUGUCCUCAGGAGGACCCUCCCUUCCAGGAGAACUGAUCCAGGAGGACCACUUCCCAUGAUGUCCAUAGCCUCUACCCCAUCUUUUCCUGCCGCACCAGCCUUCUGAGACCUGUCCAGCACUGGCUGCCCCUCCCUGUCUCCUGCAGCCCCAGAGGAGGGAUUGAGAAUGUCCUCCUUGUCCCCUGUCACACUGGGCUACACUGGUGAUACUCAGCAGUCUCACUGGACACUGUGGGAAGGACUGCUAACAGAGUGACAUGUAAGGAGAACAUUCACAAGUGGGCAAUGGAACAGCUGAGAGAAUCAGAGACUUUAGCAUCAUGGUCAAUCUGAGCUGGUAAACUUCUUGAUACCAUCUAGUCCAAUUUCUCCUCUCCAAACCAGAAUGUGUUUUGGAGACAUUAGGCGACAAGACGAAGGUCAAAUAAAGCAACUCCAAGCUACCA